AUGAGGCAUACUUUGUGCGCGAGAUUAAUUACCGAUAAAACUUUAAGUUCUAAUGAUCCGGCUUUAUCCCAUUCGUAUCUGCAACUAAUGUCUAACGUAUCAAUGGGUCCCGAGCGAGUAUCACUGGUUAAUCGGAUAGUCUAUGCAUAUAUUGCACCCAUUGUUAUCACUUCGGGUAUAAUCGGUGAUAUUUUAACAAUCGCAACACUAACACAUCCUAUGUUUAAACGUUCCAGCAUACUGAUGCACUGCUCAAUCAUUCCAAUGGUUCUACAUUUCCUUGAUUAUCGACUUUGUUCACAUGCAUCUGCAAUUUACUACGCACAUAUUGGAUUUCCUUUGGUAAAUGCGCUAAUGGGAUCGAGCGUCUGGAUAGUUGUUUUCCUGACAAUGAGCCAAUACGUGGCUGUUUGCUAUCCGCUUUACGGUGACUAUCUCAGGUCACGAAGACUGUGUUUCUCGUUAUUUGGUGCUGCAUAUAUAAUUAAUUUUUGUAUAUACGCUCCAUGGGCAGCUAAAAAAACAAUUUUUCAGGCAGGUUAUUCUUUGUUCUUUUUUUUUUCUGUUUCUCAGAGUUUGGUUCAGUGCGAAUAUGUUAUUUGUGAGAAUCCAAUUGAGACCUGGUUUAUGGUGUAUGAAUGGAUUCGAGAAACCAUCAGUCGAAUUCUUCCAUUCGUACUUGUGGCAUUCUUUAAUGUACGAAUUCUAGUCGCUUAUCGAACCAGAAAGAAAAACCUGCAAAACAAUUUGGCAAACAAUAAAACAGCUUUUAUAGCACAGUCUGAAGAGAGACGACUAUUUGUCUUGUUGUUUUCCAUCAUUAUUAUCUUCUUUGUUUGCACAAUCCCAGCUGCUCCAAUGACUAUUUUUGUGUCCGAUAAACAUUCUCGUAAUUUAACUUUUCAGAUUGUUCGUGCAAUUAUCAACGUUAUAGAACUUACCAAAUUUGCACUGAAUUUUUACUUCUAUUGUCUUAUAAAUCCUGGAAUUCGUUCAAUUUUCUGGCAAACUGUACGUUGCAAAAAACUUGCCGUACCUCCACUUGUCAAAGGUGUACAUGUUUUAUUGGUUUCGAUAAGGUAUCAUUGA